CCUCCUCCACGACUGCCAUGCCCCUCCUCCACGACUGCCAUGCCCCUCCUCCACGACUGCCAUGCCCCUCCUCCACGACUGCCAUGCCCCUCCUCCACGACUGCCAUGCCCCUCCUCCACGACUGCCAUGCCCCUCCUCCACGACUGCCAUGCCCCUCUUCCACGACUGCCAUGCCCCUCCUCCACGACUGCCAUGCCCCUCCUCCACGACUGCCAUGCCCCUCCUCCACGACUGCCAUGCCCCUCCUCCACGACUGCCAUGCCCCUCCUCCA